UUGCGGAGGCGGGGCUCUUCCUGCCGGGCGGGACCGCCUCCCGCCACGCCGGGCGCCGCCAUGGCGGACUGGGGGCGAGGACAGAAUGCGGUUGCCAUGGAGGAUAUGCUGGACGUGGAAAACAAGCGCAUGGCAGAGAGCCUGGCCAGCAAAGUCACCAGGCUGAAGUCGCUGGCUCUGGAUAUUGAUAAAGAUGCAGAUGAACAAAACCGAUACCUGGAUGGCAUGGAUUCAGAUUUUAUGAGUGUGACAGGCCUGCUGACUGGCAGUGUGAAGCGUUUCACCACCAUGACACGGUCCGGGAGGGAGAACCGCAAGUUACUCUGCUUUGUUUCUAUAGGACUGAUUGUUGUUUUCUUCAUCCUCUACUAUCUUGUGUCCAAAGUGGGGACUUGAUCUUGGUUCUUGUGCAGCAGUUUCACUGAACUAAAAUUACGUGAUUGACAGACUUGUUCAGAGCCUUUCUAGGUCUGCCAUGCUUUGGGAUCUUUGGGACUUCCCAACAGACAUUCCAAAUAACUUUUCACCAGUGUUUUGCCAAUGUUCUCGAAGAUAAAAUGAGUAUUCUAAUGACAGCACAGUCACCAGCUCCAGAUGAGGUCCCCAUGCCCACACAGUGGCAGUUGUGGGUCACAGAAUGAUCCAAAGCACAGGCAUCUGCCCUCAAAACCUCCAGCCCCAUAUGUUUCUGCACCAGCUCCUUGAGCUGGGCCAGUGCCUGCGCCAGCCCCCCUCUCCAUCCACCUAGUGCAGUACACCCCGAGUUCAAUACACCUUAACACCUCCAUCAUUAGCAUCACCUUCUCUAUGUCCACCGAGAACUUGGCCAACAGUUCAUGACUGGUUCCAAGCAAUGGCUGAGACACGUGUUCUUCCACCUGUACUUUAUGCUGCAGCUUCUGAGGGUGUCUCCAUCCUUGGGGGGCUGUCCCUGUGUCACCCAUGUGGUGGCAGUGGCCAACAGCUCCAGGAGGGCCUUCUGGCAGUCAGUGAGGGCAUCCUACAGCAGCAUGGUACGGACCCUUUCCCACUUGUGCAGCCACUUUCUGGUGCAGUCCCGUAAGCUGUCCACCAGGAACGUGGCAUGCUCGUGGAGCUCGCUGCAGAGGAAGAAAUGGCACAGCAGGCAGACAAACAGGCAGUUGUCACUGUCACAUGGUAAUGCCAUGUCACUGUCACGAUGAGGGUCCUACAGGCACAGUUACAGUACAGUAACAGUCUGGUGGCAGUGCGGUGAAUGCCAAACACCACCAGGUACACCGGGUGACAGUUGGCCAUAGCGCCUCCGGGAGAAUUCCUCGAUCAACAGCCCUGCAAACUCCACCUCCGAGUCUUUAUCCAGCACCACGACUAACAAGCAGCCUUUGGAGCACCCAGUGAACAGCUCCAUCUGAGCAGCCAUGUUCCACAGCACCUACAGAUCCUGCAGUGCACGGAUACAGUGUGGCUGCACCUCCACCUGCUUGUCAUACAGGGUCCACCCCAAGUACUUGAGCUGUCCAUCGGUGAGGAAUGAUGCUGGGAAGUGCUGCAUUCACGUCCUCAACUCCUCCAUGAGGCCACCGAGCAGUAAACCACUGUACAGGACACUGCACCACAGGGCCACUGCCAUACACAGCAUCAGGGCUGUAUCUGCAGGGACAGCAGGUACUUGGACAAGUGCUCCUGGAAGAGCUCCGUCAGCCACUGGAUGAUAGCGGUGUUGUCCACCUCCCACAGCAUCACUCUGUCACCAUCCCUUGGCAGCUGCAGGAGUGGAUGAUGAAGGUGAGCAGCUGCAGGAACACGGUGGUGUGGUUGUGCUUGUAGCCCUCCAGCCACUCAUCAGCCACCAUCUGGACAGCCGCCUGCCCUGCAGUGACCACUUCAUUCUAACUGGAUUUCCACAUAUCACAUGGUUUUGAUGUUCAUGCCUUUAUUUCUUGCAGCCAAUUCUUAAGGGAUACUUUUGUCUUAUCUCCAUUACUGAUAAUUGCCAAAUCUGACAAAUCCAGACAUUUGUCAAUACAAGUUUAAUAAAUCAGAGCUUUGGAAGCUGCAAAGUUUAGGGUGAUGAUUUAUAAACUUUGGAAUUAUGAACGUGCAACUUAGUCCAGUGCGGCCACUAAGCUCUUAGACAUAAGGAAAAACUUCUUUCAGAGUGGUGAGGCACUGGAAUGGCUGCCCAGGGAGGUGGUGAAGCUGCUGACCCUGGCAGCAUUCAAGAGGUGUCUGGAUGAGGAGCUACGAGAUCUGGUUUAGUGCUUGUGGUAGCAAUGGUAAUGGGAAGACAGUUGGACUAGGUGAUCUUGUAGGUCCUUUCCAACCUUGUGAUUGUAUGAUUUUUGUGCUUGGUCUCUGUUUCCUGUUGACUUGGAGACCUGUUAAUAUCCUUGGUGUCAGUGUUGAAAUGAAAUCUGUAGUUUUGAAAUGAAGUUAGCAUUAGGUACUAACCCCGAUACUUUCCGGUGGUUUCAGCGAAGAGUUGCUGAGGAGCACAACGUUGAUUGCUCGCUUGGUCUUCAUCAUCCAUCUAGGUAAAGCUUUGAAUGGACCCAACAGGAAGGCUGAGUCAGAGUCCACAAGCUGCCUUGAUUUGCACACGUAUAGAGCAAAAGAUUUUAAGAGGACAGAUGAGAAAGCUAAUUACAGCCUUGUUACAGUAAAUUUCAGGUAUUAGAGCACCCUGCUAUUAAAGCACUUUGAAAGGUGCGGCUGAGGUCCAGUAAAACUUCUAAACCAUGCUGGUGGGGUGAUGCUGGAGAGGUCGAGGAAAGAUUCAAUCCAAAGGUUAAGGGAUUUAUUUAUUAAUAUAGGAGGCAACCUAAGAAACAAUUAACUUGCUUUGCAGAGCCCUGUCUGCAGUGCUGGUGUCAGGCAUGUGGCAAAGCACACCCCAACCAGUUCGGUUUACAAAACAAGUGUUCCCCACAAACGUGCAAUGCAGUGUGGUAGCUGGAAAAUAAAAGUUCCUUUCCCUUCUCUGUCUUUGCAUUGGGCUAAUCAGCAUCUCACUUGCGUUACACCCUAGCUGUGAUCUUCCAUAGCUAAAUUAUUCAAGACUGCCUCUAAUUCCAGUAAGAGAUUUAUAACUUUAAAAACACUAUGCCUGUCUGGGGAAAGACCAGAAACAAAAAGCUCUUUCUCACACGAGACAAACCUCCACUGCAGAAGCCUCCUGCUCUGACUCUACAAAGCAGCUGCACAAAAGCACUGUUUUAUCUCAUCUGUUUUCUGUACCAAAUACUUGCACAUUCUGGUUUUCCCUGCUCCAAGUCUCUGCUUAUUUGGCUUUCUUGUCCUCCAGUAACCUCUGCAGAACUGACACGUUCCCCCUCCUGUUUCAGUCUUCCUCCUCUCUAAUGAGCCUAUAUUCAUCAAUGGCUGCAAGUUUCCUUUGGCUUUGGACUAAUCCAGGUCCAGACAGAAAUAGACAGUGUUGACCUUUGUUGUGCUAUGUCAAAACACUAAAUCCUACUGUAGCUGGAUUAGGUGUCUUUUUUUCCAAGUCUGAGAAAGGAUGUGCAGGGAAGGCAGGUAGAAAAGGAGGCAGCAGUGACUUCAUUUGGUUCUUACUACUGCUUCCUUUAAACGUGGCAGCUCCCAACUCUUGUCCAUUUUGAAGCUGAUGACUUAUGAUGAAGUGCCACCAGAACGGUCUGAUCUUCACAAUGGUUGCAGUUUCAAUUUGCUUUAGCAGUUGUAAAUAAAGCACUGGUUUUAGACUGUU